AUGGGAAACGCUAAUGGCAGAGAAGACGGAGCCAUUUCCGACGGUGUUGAUCUUACUGGCCGUGAACCUCACGCGCCUGAUUCUCGUCCUCCCGUUCGUGCUUUUUCUUCCGAUUCAAUGGCUAAUAGUCCGCCUCAGAGUCCUCGACGUUCCAGAUCGCCGAUCCUCUUCGGUCCUCAGGUUCCCCUGGCUCCAUUACAAAGAGGCAACGGCCCUCCUUUUCUCAAUCAAAUCUGGCAGAAUGAGCCUCAUGGUAUUGUUCAUCAACCUCCUGAGCAAGGAAUCCCUGUUAUGAUCACUUGGAAUUAUGGAGGUAACAGUGUGGCUGUGGAGGGAUCUUGGGAUAACUGGACAUCCAGGAAGGCAAUGCAGCGAGGUGGCAAGGAUCACUCAAUUCUUAUAGUCCUUCCAUCAGGUAUAUAUCAUUACAGGUUCAUUGUCGAUGGUGAACAGAGAUAUAUUCCAGAUCUUCCUUAUGUAGCUGAUGAGAUGGGGAAUGUCUGCAAUCUUCUUGAUGUUAACGAUUAUGUGCCAGAAAAUCCUGAAGGUGUCUCUGAGUUUGAGGCGCCACUUUCCCCAGAAUCUAGUUACGGUCAAGCAUAUCCAGCUGAGGAAGAUUUUGCAAAAGAGCCAUCGGCUGUUCCCUCGCAGCUACAUCUUACAGUCCUAGGUAUGGAGAAUGCUGAUACUGGGCCCUCUUCAAAGCCUCAACAUGUUGUGCUAAAUCAUGUCUUCAUAGAGAAAAACAUGGCCUCAAAGUCCGUUGUUGCCCUGGGAUUGACUCACAGGUUCCAGUCUAAAUAUGUGACAGUUGUCCUUUACAAACCUCUCAAGAGAUAA